UCUGUUAUUUUGACAUUAACAGUUUUUAAUGAAAAAUGAUCUCUAAAUUUCAACUAGUUACGAAAAUGGUGCUUCAAAAUUAUAAUAAUGGUAAAAUACAUAGCUAAGAUCAUUUACCAUGGUACGAAAGUCGUCUUGAAAUCUGUUAUAAAGAGUUUAGUACAAGAAAUACAAACAAGCCAAGAAGUGGCGAGAAUUAGAUACAGUCGAAAUUUCGAAAAAAACGACCCAACACCGGAUAUGUCUCUUAACGAGGCUAAGCUAAUACUGAACGUUAGCGAAAUGUGUCCCGAACAAAUUUAUAAAAAUUUUAAACAUUUGUAUAAAAGCAAUAGUCUUACACAAAGUGGUUCCUUAUAUUUACAAGCAAAAAUACUUAGAGCUAAAGAUGUGUUGGUAUUCGAAUUACAAAAAAAUGUUAAUACAACAAAAAUUAAACCAUAACAAUUACAAUUAUUUUUUUUUUUUAAUAAAAAAUCUAAUCAUGAAGUGAGA